CCGACACCGAGCACGGCCCAAGGCCCGGGGAGACAGAGAGAGAGAGCCCGGAGCCCGGCCCCCGGCCUGCAGAGUGGGGCGGGGAGAGCCCGAGUCAAUGGAAGGCCACUGCUUACACAGACAGUCUGCCCAAGUGAAAACAGACAAGGACAGCUUAAGGGAAUGGGGUGAGAUGCGGUAAUGCCCCAAGCCAUCAUAUGUGAGGGGGUCCCAGUAUAUUUCAAUCUUCUAUAAUUAAAAGCAAAGUGCUGGAAAAGCUUUGCAGGUAGUUGGUUUAAACAAAACCGACCAAAAUGUGUUAAUGGACUUUGAUGAAAAACAUGAUCAAUAUCUGAUAUUCCUUCAAUGCAGAAACAGGAUAUUGAAAAGAUUAAAGGCAAAAGAUCCUAAAAAGAUACAACUAGAGCGGUUAGAGCAAGGAUUUUCCAUCUAUGUAAAUGGCGCCAACUCUGAAUUAAAGAGGCAACCAAGAUUUGAAGCAACUUCAAGAUCAGUGCGGACAGCUGAUUCUGCUGCAAGAACAGCAUUGCACGCUGAAAAGCUACAAGAAUUAGGUGAAAUAAAGCGUAGAACUCAAACUGCACCGGGCAAAGUACAUCGUAAAGGUUGGGUGCAGAGUUCUGUCAAUAUUAAAACAGAAAAAGGAACACAGUUGCACCUUGGUCCACCUGUAGAUUAUUCCGAUGAUUUUGAAGCUUAUGAAAGUGUUGAUAUGGAGACAGAGGAUAUACCAUCUAGUUGUUCUAAGAUUCUCGCUGAUGAUUCGACCAGGAUCAGAAACAACUCUUGUUUUCCUUCAAAUUCUUCCUUCAUAAAACCUGGAAGGAUUGCAGAUAACAUCGGCUCUGAUGGCAAUGAAAAAAUACUCCUGAACAUACACGAAGUUGAGAUGUUGAGAAGAAGCUUGCAGCAGACUGCUGACCUCCAGCUUAGUGAUGAAAAGAGCACUGGCAGUGAGGACUCUGAUUCUCUAGAGGAUGAGAAAAUUGGAGAGCAGAUUGAAACUCGAGAAUCAACAGACAGUCUGGAGAACCUACAGCUGAAUAAGCAACCUUUCCAGCGUGGCCCAGAGGCUAACCACUGUGCCUUGCAUCCUGGAGAUCUGAUUGUACUUGAAUUUGGUCCUGGAACAAAAAGUAAGUCUGGCAGUCGAAAAGAGCAAGCUCUGACAGCAGCUAGGAGAAAUGAUGUGGAAUCUUACAUUCCCUUGAAACCCAGUCUGGUGAAAAGUAAAUCUUUUGACAGAUUCACCUCUUCUUCUAAUCAAGAUGGAGUGGACCUGAUUUCAACUCAAGAAAGUCGUCAAGAGAGGGUACUUUCUGCUGCAAGAAGGAAUAUAUGCCAGGGGAAGGAUCCAGAAUUAUCAGCUUCAAGUGUAUUUCAAGCCAUGCAGAAAGAAAAUGAAGAUAUGCUGAAAAGUGUAGAUAAGCAGAGAACAAUAACAAAAACGCCCAUAUGUUGGCAAACGCUUUCACCUUCAGAACCAGCAAUAAAUGGCACACUACAGUGUUCACCUGUACCAGUAAAGCACAAUAUGAUCAAUAAAGCUAUUGAACGAAUCAGCUAUUUGGAACCAAGUCAACAAAAGAAACUUCUAAAGCUGUUGGAGAAAAUUGAAGUGCCUUCUAAUGAUAGAUCAAAUAGCAGCACCAUGAAAGCAAGAAAAACGGUGACUACUGAGACUCAACAGAGUAAUGGCACGUCGGGCAAUACAUCGGUGAAGGACAUAAUUUAUGUCACACUGGAAAUUUUGUCAAACUGGGGCAACGUUGACAAAGUCGGCUUAACAGAAGUACAAUUUUUUGAUCUAAAACAUCAGAAGAUUUUUGUUUCUCCACAUGAUGUUGAUGUCAGAAAUGCCCACAGUCCUGGGAAUUUGAAUCGUUUAGUGAAUGGAAAGACAAAGACCACAAAGGAGCGUCACAUGUGGACGUGCCCCUUCCAUCCACCUGUUCAAUUAUAUUUUGUUGUUCGUAGUCCAAUCAAAUUGUGUGUCUUCGGUAUUUCUAAGAUCAAGAUUUGGAAUUAUAAUAGGAGCCUCAAUGAGCUUGAUGUUGGGGCAAAGGAUGUGAGGAUUUAUGUGGAUGGUAAUCUUGUAUAUGAAGAAAAACUUGAAAAAGGCUGUGGAAACCAAGUGUUUGAUUACAGUACAACCAUUGACUUGAGAACCAACAGAAGCAAAGCUGCAUUUGAUACUUCCAGUGGGAGUGAUAUGGAAGAGCAAACUGAAGAAAGGGUGAGCUCAGAAAGAGACCCAAGCAUUGAGCAUCCAGAGCAAGCAACUUCCUCGUUCUUUCUAAAUUCAAGGUUAGAGGAGAGAAAUACAAUUGAUGCUUUCAGUGAGAGUGAUACAGAAGAUCAAGCUAAUGUAAUUGAGAACUCAAAAACAAACCUUAAUAUUGGUUCUCCACAUCAAGCAAGUUCCUCGUUCUUUUUAAAUUCUAAUUUAGAAAAGAAGAAGAAUGCAUUCAUUUAUUCGAUUGAUUCACCAAAGUGCAGAAUUUCUGCUGUGGAGGAAGACAUAAUGUUAACAGCUCCAGUUUCGGUCGAGACAUCACUCCAGCGGGUAAAUAUUUCAGAAACCAAUAGGGAAGAAGAGAUUUAUUCUGAUGAAGAACCAGUCAUGAAAGACCAACAGGAGAAAAUAUCAGCAAAGAAAAUAACAGAUAUGCCAUCAGCUUCAAAAAUACCAUCAUGGCUAAAAUCACCAAAGAAAGAAAAACCUAAGAAAAGUAAAUGGAAAAAGCCUCCAUGGCUCAAUAAUGAGACACCGAUAGAUUUAAAAGUUGACAACAAUUCAGCUAAAUCUGAAGAGUCAAAUUGCAAUUGGCCUGAUCUAUCUGACCCUGACAAUAGUUACAAAAACUCAAUUGGUCCAACUGACAAGAUUUUAAAAUGUAAUAUGAAAAAGUUAGUCAACUCUCAUGACAAGGGCAAAGUACUUACUGACAAAAAUUAUUUAGAUUUUCUGGACGACUUCAAUGAAAGUGCAUGUUAUGUGCCCUCAUCACAGGGUGAGGAGAAUCAAAGAACUGACUUUCCUAUUAGUGGAAGGAGAAGCUCUAUGAAGAGUGCCAGACAUAAAGAACUUUUUAAUGUUAGUGAAACUGAAGAACUUCUUAAAAUAGAAAAUCAGAAAACUUCAAAGAUAUCAGGGUCUACAAGACCAAAGUGGCAAAGUGAGCAGGAUGACACACUGAUGGAAUCAUGGGAUUCUUUAUUAAAGUUUAACAGGUCACAGCGAGGUCGGAUAGCUGUGGAUUUUGAGGGAGAUGUUUUUGAUGAGUUUUUGCAAGAGCAAAGAAUUGGAAGAGAAACAGGAUUGAAAUCCUUGUACCCAGAAUCAAUGCGUGAAGUUGAAGAGGGAAAGGAAGAACAUACAACUGACCUUGAAAGAGAUGAUGACGGGAGUGAUGAUUUUGAAAUUCCAGUUUUGCCUUUUGGCUGUCGUUUAAUUAUUAAUAUUACAUCAACUUGGGGUGAUAGGCAUUAUGUUGGACUUAAUGGAAUAGAAAUAUUCAGUUCAAGUGGAGAACCUGUACAAAUAGUACAAAUAAGAGCAGAUCCAGCAGAUAUUAACAUAUUACCUGCUUAUGGCAAAGAUCCAAGGGUUGUUUCAAAUUUGAUUGAUGGUGUAAACAGGACGCAAGAUGAUAUGCAUCUCUGGCUUGCACCUUUCACUCCAGGACGAUCCCAUUUCAUCUAUAUUGACUUUGUAAAUCACUGUCACGUGGCAAUGAUUCGAAUUUGGAAUUACAACAAAUCGAGAAUACAUUCUUUCCGUGGUAUUAAAGAUGUUGAAAUCUUACUGGAUGGGAAACUGAUCUUUAGAGGAGAAAUAGCCAAAGCAUCAGGAACUUUAAAUGGAGCUCUGGAACAGUUUGGAGAUACCAUACUUUUCACGACAGAUGAUGAGAUUCUGGAUGCAAUGUCCCAGUACGAUGAGACAUUCACAGCUAAUAUUGAUUAUACUCAGCCACUCUCAUUUGAGGAAGAGCUCAAUAGACCUAGUACUGCAGAUGGUGAAGGAGAAGAGAGGCCAUUCACACAAGCUGGCUUUAGAACAGAGGGUGAACAGGUGCAAGAACAAACUCCAUUCCUGUUGGGUGGAACAGCCAGUCAGAUGCGAGCGGAGUAUACUGGGAAAUGUAUACAGCUAAAUUUCACUUUGACUUGGGGAGACUCUCACUACCUUGGGUUGACUGGACUGGAAGUUGUAGGCAAAGAUGGUCAGGCACUGCCUGUCACAAUGGAUGAUAUUGAAGCUUCACCAAGAGACCUAAAUGAAUUGCCAGAGUAUAAUGAAGACAGUAGGACAUUAGACAAGUUAAUUGAUGGGAUUAAUAUCACUUCAGAAGAUGAGCACAUGUGGCUGAUUCCUUUUGCCUAUGGAGAGAAUCACAUCCUCACAAUCAAUUUCAAUAAACAACAGACUGUCAUUGGACUUCGCUUCUGGAACUAUAACAAGUCACCAGAAGAUACAUACAGAGGGGCAAAAGUUGUCCACGUUACCCUUGAUGGAUACUGCAUUUCACCACCAGAGGGCUUCCUCCUCAGAAAAGGGCCAGGCUUAUGCCAUUUUGACUUUGCCCAAGAAAUUCUCUUUGUGGAUUAUCUUCACAGGAACAGCAAAGUAACAGCAAAACAGCAAACUGGGAAUUGUCUUAGGAACGUGGAACAGGCUAGUAUGGAUUAUGAAUCUCCUUUGAUGCCAUGUGGCUUUAUUUUCCAGCUGCAGUUGCUGACAAGCUGGGGAGAUCCUUACUACAUUGGUCUGAAUGGACUAGAAUUCUAUGGCGACAGUGGGGAAAAGAUUCUUCUAACAGAGAAUAACAUUUCUGCUUUUCCAGAUAGUGUGAAUGUUUUAGAAAGUGUUUCGGGGGAUGUUCGAACCCCAGACAAAUUAAUUGAUGGAAUAAAUGACACAAAUGAUGGGAGACACAUGUGGUUAGCUCCUAUUCUUCCUGGAUUGGUAAAUCGGGUUUAUAUCAUUUUUGAUCAACCUGUUGCAGUUUCAAUGAUUAAACUCUGGAAUUAUUCGAAAACCCCUCAAAGAGGGGUGAAAGAAUUUGGGCUACUUGUUGAUGAUUUAUUAGUCUACAAUGGAAUCCUAGAUAUUGUGAGUCCUGUGGCCCGUGGUAUCCUGCCAACUUGUGAACCUAUUAUCCCAUAUCAUACUAUCCUUUUCACCAAUGAUGAGAGGAUUACACAUAGAGAGAGAAAUACUGUUAUAAGUAACCAAGUGGAAGAUCAGGAUGUGAAGAUGACCAAUGAAAACCAAAUUAUUCAACGAGCCAAGAAGAAGCAAGCGGCUGACCCAGCUCUACGUCCAAAGACAUGUAUGACGGACAGAGGGUCAUUUGGGAGAAGAAGGUUUUUAUGAAGAUCUCAUCAUGGUGAAUUAUCUGCAAAUUAUUGCUUUUGGUUUGGAGUGUGCUGUCUAUGUUUGAAACAUAGAUUUGCUUUCUUUUUACAAAAGCAGACAGGAAUUUGUCUUCAAAGCAACUACAGAUUAACCAAACUUAAACACAAUUUACCUGACACUGGUUUAAAUACCCAUACAUUUGAUUUUCUCCUUUGCAUUUUCUUGGCUGUUUAGUCUGUUAACAGAGGGAAAGAAAGCGCUGGGUCACCCGCAAUUAUAUUUCAGCACCUUUGAGUCAAGUACACAGUGAACCUUGUUUACUGUAUUGACAAGGACUGUCUGCACAAUAUCCACUGGAAAGAAAUUGAAGUGGCAGAAUGAGCUAAUAAGAGUAAUAUAUGCACCCUCCCACCCCUAUCUCGCUUUGGUGUGCCUGUCUUACCAAACAUUUGUGCCUAUUUGCACAUUGUUGCCAUUAAACUGUGUCCUUGCAAAAUUGAAUUUUAACAAAAUAGUCCCAUCUUUUUAAUUUGGUUGGAAUUUGACAAAAAUCAAUGUUUCGAAAUGUAGUCAAGAUUAAAUGCAUCUGUCUGUGCCUUUGUCAAGUAAAUUGCCCUCCAAUUUAAUAAAAUCCAUGACAGUUAUGUUUAAACAAAUAUUCAAUCACUUGCAACAUGCUGUACUCAAGCUCAAUUGAGACAAAAGUCCUAUGCUGAAUAUUUUUGUUAAGAAAUUCUGUAGUUUGUUUAUUAUGCAUACUCUGUUCCAAGAGGUUUUUGAACUUGUUAGUUCCAGUGCCUGUUUUGGUAAACUGUAUUCCUGUAAUGAGAAUAUAAUCAGUAUCUAUCCAAACAAAUUAUCACUACUUCAAUAUGUAAUUUCUUUUUAAACUCAAGGAGUACUAAAUAACCUUUAAGCAACUGACUGCUAAUAUUCUACCGAAGAAUUUAUUUAUCAAGUAAUCUGAUGACUCUACCCUUCCAGCAAUUCCGUGGAGUAAUGAAAAAGCAACGUACAACUGUGUAUAUUCAUCAGCUAUGCUGAGUCAAAAUGGCUUCUUCUCACAUUGAGAACUCUUAGUAAUGCCUCACUUGGAAACGCAACUAUUGCAAAAUGCAAAUACAAUCUAACUCCAAAACGUGAUUAAAUGUAUUGCACAAAACCAGUGCUCAUGUCUCACGAACUCUGACAAUUUUUGUAGCAUUGAAGAAAUAUAUAACGUACCCUUGUACUUGGACACAUAUCAGACUUUAUUCUUUCUAAUGUUUUCCAUGUAAUAAUUGUACAUAUGUAUGUGAUAUGUAAAG